AUGGCUGACAUGGAAAGGAAAGUCAACAAGGAAGCCACGCGCAUCAAAGCCCCCGCAGUCACCCAAUCCACACAACAGCAAGCCAGGCCGCCACCGCCGCGGAAAUCUAGAAUGCCGCUCCUACCUUUCGAUGACAUCAAGACCGUCUACCGCCCACAAGCUCUCCUUGAACUCGACUGGAAGUCCUUCAGAGACAACCUCGGCGGCAACACAGCCAUCGACGACAUCGACCAUUGGCUCAAGGGCCUUCUCAUCACCGCAGAACAGCACAAGAACAUCCAUAUAAGCACCAACAGCCCUGCAUUCGACCCGCAUCUCCUUCAUCUCUGGGAGGCCAAUAGAAGCCUCCUGAGGAGGUGGAAGAGGGAGAAACUCAAUAGAAAACUUAAGCAACGAAUCGCCCUUCUCACCAUACAGGCCCAAGAUAACACGGAGCAAGUUAUCAGGCAAAAUUGGCACACCUUUUGUGACAACCUACAAGGAACACUCAGCAUCAAGAAAACCUGGCACUUCCUACGCGCUCUGUUAGCUACCGACCGCACCAAAACACAACGGCAAGAUCUGCGCAGACUAAUCCACAACCACACUGGAUUGGAGCACGAUCUCCUUCGUGAACUUCAGCAGAAACUUCGCAGUGACAAGCCCACUUCAUCGGCGUGCGGCAAGGCGUACGACGGCGCACCAAACCCAGACCUUGAUCGACCAUUCACGCAAGCAGAGCUCCACGCAGCCUUAGCCAAACUCACUAGAAACACUAGUACCGGCAAGGACAGAAUCGCUAAUAAGCUCCUAAGCAACCUCCCGGAAUCGGUCGCAACAGCACUGCUCCAGUACUACAACGACUGCUGGGAAGAGGGAGACCUACCAGCAGCCUGGAAGCAUUCGGAGGUCACCAUGAUCCCCAAACCCAACAAGACCCCUUGGCAUCGAAAACCCCCGUCCCAUCUCCCUCACGUCCUGCGUGGGCAACUCCUCAAGCACAUCGUUCACGACCGGUUAUCCCCAUACCUCGAGGACAACGGAUACUUCCCGCACACCAUGUUCGGAUUCCGACAGCAUUUGUCCACUCAGGUAAUACCCCUUCUCCUCCUGCUUGACUACCUUGAUUGA